UACUGUUACCUACUGUAGGCACAGUUAUUUAUGACAAGUUCAUGAAGGGAUAUUACUCUUGUGCUGUUUGAGUGUGUGACACAGACACUACCAAAAGAUCACCAGGAAAAUCAGGGAAGAUAUGGCAUUCCAAAAGGCUGUAAAAAGAACGAUUCUUAUUGGAGGGGGCACCCUUACUACAAUUUAUGGCUUGGCACAGCUGUCAGAGCACAAGAAAAAACAGCCUACAGGGAGCCGACUGUCCUACGUGAAAGCCGCAGAGCCAAUUGGAAUGUACCACCAUGAUGAGUUGCCUUCAAGAGAAGCUCAGCUGAUGGCCCUCAAGACCACAAAAGAGUUUGACGUGCUGAUUGUUGGAGGAGGAGCAACUGGCUCAGGCUGUGCCUUAGAUGCUGUUACUCGAAAUCUUAAAACUGCCCUGGUGGAGAGAGAUGAUUUCUCAUCAGGCACAAGCAGCAGGAGCACCAAACUCAUUCACGGAGGAGUAAGAUAUCUACAGAAAGCCAUUAUGAAAUUAGAUUAUGAACAGUAUAUGAUGGUUAAAGAAGCCCUGCAUGAACGUUCAAAUCUGCUGGAAAUUGCUCCACAUUUGUCAUCGCCUUUACCUAUAAUGCUUCCUGUGUACAAAUGGUGGCAGCUGCCGUACUUUUGGUUUGGAAUAAAGAUGUAUGACCUGGUGGCUGGAACUGAAUGCUUGAAGAGUAGCUAUGUCCUCAGCAAGACCAAAGCUCUAGAACUUUUUCCAAUGCUGAAGAAAGAUGAACUUGUGGGAGCAAUUGUUUACUAUGAUGGACAGCACAAUGAUGCACGAAUGAACCUCGCCGUCGCCCUUACUGCUGCCAGGUAUGGUGCUGCCAUUGCCAAUUACACUGAAGUAGUACGCCUACUAAAGGAGACAGAUCCUGAAAGUGGAAAGGAGCGGGUCUGUGGAGCACGAUGCAGAGAUGUUAUAACAGGGCAGGAAUUUGAUGUCAGAGCCAAAUGUGUUAUCAAUGCCACGGGACCUUUCACAGACACGCUACGGAAAAUGGAUGAUCCGAAAAACUCUAACAUCUGUCAGCCCAGCGCUGGCGUGCAUAUCGUCAUUCCAGGCUAUUACAGCCCUGACCACAUGGGGCUUCUGGACCCAGCCACUAGUGAUGGACGGGUUAUCUUUUUCCUGCCGUGGGAGAAAAUGACUAUUGCUGGGACCACUGACACUCCCACUGAUGUUACUGCACACCCAAUACCUACAGAGGAGGACAUCAAUUUCAUUCUGACUGAAGUCCGCAACUACCUGAGUCCUGAUGUUGAAGUGAGACGGGGAGAUGUCUUGGCAGCCUGGAGUGGUAUACGUCCUCUAGUCACUGACCCGAACUCCAAAGACACACAAUCCAUUUGUCGGAAUCACAUUGUUAAUAUCAGCGACAGUGGACUCGUUACUAUUGCAGGUGGAAAAUGGACGACCUAUCGUGCAAUGGCUGAAGAAACCUUAGAUGCAGCAAUUAAAGCUCUCAAACUGAAAGCAGGGCCAAGCAGAACAGUGGGCUUCAUGUUGGAAGGGGCCAAAGAUUGGACUCCUACAAUGUAUAUUCGGCUAGUUCAGGACUAUGGGCUGGAGAUAGAGGUUGCUCAGCAUCUGGCUUCUACAUAUGGGGGAAAGGCUUUUGAGGUGGCCAAAAUGGCACAAGUCACUGGUAAGCGGUGGCCCAUUGUUGGAAAACGUUUGGUGUCGGAAUUCCCUUACAUUGAAAGUGAGGUCCAAUACGCAAUCAAAGAGUACGCCUGCACGGCCAUUGAUGUCAUUGCGCGCCGAACUCGCCUGGGGUUCCUGAAUGUGCAGGCAGCUGAUGAAGCUCUCCCACGAAUUGUGGAAAUAAUGGGCAAGCACUUGAAGUGGAAUGAGCAAAAGAAAAAGGAAGAACUUGAAGCAGCAAAACAGUUCCUGUACUAUGAAAUGGGCUACAAGUCACGAUCAGAACAACUAACAGACAGAUCUGAGAUAAGCUUAACACCUUCAGAAGCUGAGAGAUACAAAAAGAGAUUUCACAAAUUUGACAAAGAUAAGAAGGGAUUUAUUACCAUAGUUGAUGUUCAACGGGUAUUGGAGAGUAUUAGUGUCCAGAUUGAUGAAAAUGCACUCCAUGAAAUUCUGAAUGAGGUUGACCUGAAUAAAAAUGGACAAGUUGAACUUAAUGAAUUUUUGCAGCUCAUGAGUGCUAUUCAGAAAGGUCAGGUUUCUGGUAGCAGGCUUGCCAUUCUGAUGAAAACCGCCGAGGAGAACCUAGAUCAGAGGGAGCCGGUGUCCGUGGACCGCAGUGGUGGAGGAGUCUGAACCUCCCGGUGCCAGAUGUUCCCUUGAGAACCCCUGAAUGCAAAUCUGCUACUGCUGCUGUGAACUGGAUCUCACCUGAAAGUUACUGAGAGGCUUUUCCACUUUCAAUUCACAGACAGUGUGCUCUUUAUGUGUAGUUUGUGUUAGUGAGGCUUUACCACUGCUGAAAUAUAGCGUACCUUUUAAAAGUGUUUGUGUUUCUGUUCGUACUAAAAUGUCUAGUGCAAUAGUGAUUUUGAUUUGUUGCUGUAAAUAUCUGCUUUUAACUCAAGGGAAUAUGGUACUGUAUCCGUCUUGAUCUACUGUGCUCUUUGUUUUAUUAUUUUUAUCUGGACAUUCAUUACUUUCUAAACCUACUGCGGCUAGUUCACUUGUUCAAGCGCACAAAUAUGUGAAUGUAUUUUAUAAUUAACUUAAGCAAUGGAGUAUUAGUUUGUACUUCCGAUUGAUGAUGGCUUUGAAAGUCUGAUCAGACUGUCAGUGUUCUGUGGCAGAAUCUUGUUUUGUAUUAAGUAUUGAGUUGUCCAUUUAAAUGUUAACAUUUGAUGUUGUGUACCUUACUCCUGUGCCAUUUUAUAUCUAUUGUUAUACUUAAGAUAUAAUGGGAAACAAUUUUGUAUCAGAACUGUUUUCAUAUUAUAGAUGUAUUUAAAGCACUCCCAGUAAAUCACUGCAGUUUACUUGGAACAUGCGGUAAUGUUACUACAUUUGUGAUCUUCUUGGAAAAUGAUUGCAUUUUAUAUUCAUUGCCAUUUAAACCUUUAUGUUUUAUCAUUUUUAAAAAGUGACUUUAAAAUGUAAAAUAUUUGAUUAAUGUGUUUCAGUGUAAAAUGAGCUACAAAUCAACAAUGAGCAUGCCUAACUGUUCUGAAUGCUUAUGGGGAUAUGUGAUUGGUUCUUGGAAGUGUUUUUAUGUAACAUGAUUUUAUUAUGCUGAAUGGGAUUAAGUAUUGUAUUUGAGCCUGGAUUUUAAUUUCUGUAUCUGUCUGUGCACUUGGUGUUUUUAUUACUAUUAAUUUACUGCUUGUGGUAUGGCGGGUGAGCUGCUUGCAUUUAUAGAGUAAUAAGGGAAUGUAUUUAAUGUGCCUUGCUUUCAAAGCCAGUAUGAAUUGAGAGCAUGAAUCAAUAGAACUGAUUAAACUAUACACUCACUGGCUUUUAGCAUGCUUAAUUUCACAGUCUCUAUAAAUAAUACAAUUACAGUCUCUUGCAGACUUUUAAUAUAAAGAUUUCAUACAUUUACUUCAGACAAAGUAGUCUGUUGUUUUUUUUUUAAAUAGUUUUUGUGUCUUUCCUUAAGUGUGGUGGUUUGACAGAAUAAAUGUAGUUAAUAGGAAGAUCAUUCUUUGAUAGUAAUUAAGCAUUACCUUAUAGCCACCACAGCUGUGCUAGUUACAGUUCAAAUACCUUUUAGAGAAAGAUUGAGAAAAGCUGUUACCAAGGAUAUUGCAGUACAAGAGUGUUGUAAUCUUAUGGAUCCUUUUUUAUAAAUGUUGGAUCAUUAUUAUUACAUCACAUUUCAGUUGUAGGUAAUUUCGUUCGGUGUAACAGCCCUGGUAUGAGAUAACUACUGUAGGCUGUGAAUGAAUGGCUUAAUUGAUGUACAAGGUAAAUGUAAUGGGCAAUGAGCAGGACUAAAGAGCAUAUUACGAUUUCCCCCCCACCCAUAUCAUUUUUAGAGCAGAGUUGAAAAAAUAGGCUAAUUACUAAAACUGUGUUGAAUGGAAGAGAUUAAUUAAUUUAAAAAAAGUAUUCAUAAUAGAAGGCCGGGGAGUGAUAAAUGAUUAUACUGAACAGCUUUAAAAAUGCAUCACAUGUUUUUAGGGGCGGUGAAAAUAUAGUAAUUUAUCAUACAUGACUAUAAUUGCAUGUAAUUAAGCUUAUUUUGGAACUGUAGACUGCAACCACACUCUGCUCACGUGCGAAUGUGCGUUGUCACUGUUGGAAGGUGUGCAGAGCGUGAUUCCAUGUGCACAAAUGUGCCCAUAAUCAUGGUUCAUUCUUAAGUGGGGCAUGUCUGUCCAUCAGCUUAUACCUGAAAGAUGUAAGAGAUCAGCACUCCCUGAAAACCCCAUUUCUGUGCAGGUGAGAGUUUUCAGUGACCAGGGUAAGGUCUCUAGUACUGUCCCUGUCUUGGUGAGGCAGUGUAACCUGUCUUGUCUCAGAUGUGGAGAUCUUGGCAUCUGUUGACUUGCUACAUUUGAAAUUGUUUCUUAACUGGCUAAUUUUAUGUCACGACCUUUAAAUGUAGAUGCUUGAACACUUUCGGAAGAUGUGGAAUGUGUAUGUCUAUAGCCACUAGAAAGAAAACCAUAUUACUGUCGAUAUAUCACUAAAGUUUUUAAAUUUAAAAUAUAUGUGUGAAUAUUAAAUCUCUGUGUACAAUCCAUUCACCUCCAGGACACCGUUUUCAAACAAUGUACAGUAUAUCUCCACUUCUUACUGGGUUGAUUGUCUCAGUGACAUUUUGGCUUGUUGCAAACAAACAUGUACAAACAGGUAAAAAUCAUGAACAAACAGGAAAAAACAUGGACAUUUUGUUUGUGGACAACUUUUAAACAAAGAUCAUAGAAAAAUGAAUCCCUUUUUAGAGCAUUUUCAGUUUGUUUUUCAUUAUUUUCCUACUGUAUAUGAAUCCCAUGGAAUAUACAGUUUAUACACGUGCAAUAUACAUGAACAAUAAGCAUACUGUAGUUCAGGUGGGUAGCUGCGUCAGUAUGCGUAGGCUGCAAAGGAACA